UGNGACGGAGGGGUCGAAAGCAAGAGGUUUUACUUGGCUCGCACGACAGCUUUUGAGAUGCUUCGCGACAGAGGCUACGAAGUUAAUGAAGCCGAGCUCUCUCUCUCUCUUUCUGAGUUUCGUUCUGUUUUUGGUGAGAAGCCAGACUUUGAACGCCUCCGUAUCUGUGUGGCUCUUCGCUCAGAUCCAAGGAAAAAGAUCCUUGUUGUGUUCAUGGAAUCUGAACCAAUCACCGUGAAAACAGUUCGUGCCAUUCAUAGUCAGAUUUCCAACAAUGUAGGCGUGCGUGCUAUGAUUCUGAUUUUACAGGGCAAAAUGAACCACUUUGCCCAGAAGGAAUUGACAACCUUCCCUUUUCCAGUUGAGACUUUCCCGAUAGGAGAUUUGUUGGUCAACAUCACAAAGCAUAUUCAGCAGCCAAAGAUGGAGGUUUUGACCAAAAAGGAGAAAGAACAAUUGCUGAAGAAGCAUGCACUUGAGGACAAACAUCUUCCUUAUUUGCAGGAGAGUGACAGCUUCGUCAGGUACUAUGGAUUGAAGAAAAAACAGGUGGUGAGGAUUACAUACAGUAAAGAACCGGUUGGGUCUUUUGUCACCUACAGAUGCAUCGUCUGAAGUAAGGCAAAUUCAAUGCAGCUA